AUGGAUUACCAACAAGACGAAUAUGACGAACCGUUUCGGAUUCAUCUUAAUUUGGAUAAUUUGACUGAGGAUGAGGCAAAAGCAAGAUUCUCCUUGAUUUACGAUCAACAUGCACAGACAAUGAAGAGACGAGAAACAAAUGAUUACUUAAGACCAAUUUGUAUUGACGGAACGGAUGUCUCCAAUAAAUUAAACCACAUCAUUCGCAAGAAUAUGGACUUAUUUCCGGUGGAUAAGUCAAUUUUCAAUAUGAGGGCAAUUACAAUGGCAUUGUGGUAUUUUAUUUCACGAGGACAUGCGGCGGUCGUCUUCCUUCCUACAAAUCUUCGAGAUUUCGCACAAAAAUGUUCGGAUCCACAUGAACUCAGUUUGCUGGCCAAGUUGGAGCUGAUUGUUUUUGAUGAAUCAACUGCUCUCAAUCCGUCAUCGGCUGUUCUUCUAUCAAAAACUGUUGCAACAUGGGCUCAAAAUAAUGAUGGCUGCAUUGUUGGAAGUCGGAAAAAGUAUGGGCUUCUCGGGCAGAGAUAUUCUGAACUUAUCGAUAGAGUCACCAAUACACUAAUCAGUCCAGCGUUCACACCGGACAAUGAAUUGGAAAUUUGUGAUUUAGUUAGACUGGUUCUGGCGGCAGACGAAGUCAGAAGGAACGAUGAAAACUCGAAUUGUAUGGGAUACCAAUUGUUAGCGUCAGAUCAAGUGGUGAUUAUGAGCAAGUUGGCAAAAAUGAUUGGUAAAGACUCGAUGAUCGAUCUUUGUAAUCGUGCUCGCGAGCUCAACACAUCUACCAAUCCCAACUACCGCAACAUUUUCAACAAUCAGAAGCAAUCCACUUCAAUGGGUCGUGUCUAUCAAAGUCCUUAUCACUUCAAUGACCCAUUUCUGCCUGAUUACGUUGCACCUCCACCUCCGAUUGCUUUAGAAUCUGUUGCGAAACCUACGAGAAUUGGUCAUAGGCAUUCAAUUUAUCGGGUUGGAGAAGAUAAAAGUACGGAGCUGGAGAAUGGAGAUAAUCGGAGAAAAGCAGUGUAUCGAGGUGCUCUUAUAGAUGCUCUUCAGCCCAUGUUUGGAUUGGAAAAGGCCACGGCUCUUGUUAAUGGAAAUCCGGAUCAAAAUGAGAUCAAUGAUCUAAUCGAACUUGGAAUCAAUCAAUAA